UUGGUGUGUAAAUGCAGGGCUGCUGGUCAGUUUCUCCGUACACCUCGUAUCUCCCUCGGGAUCUCACUCUGUUGAAUCAGCUGAGGAGCCACUGAGAGAUUUAUUGCAGUCAUCACUAUGACUGAUGGGGAUUAUGACUACCUUAUAAAGCUCCUUGCCCUGGGGGACUCCGGCGUGGGGAAGACCACAUUCCUCUACCGGUACACAGACAACAAGUUCAACCCCAAGUUCAUUACCACAGUUGGCAUUGACUUCAGGGAAAAGAGAGUGAUCUACACAGCGUCCAACCCCAAUGGGACGACCACUGGGAAAACCUUCAAGGUUCACCUUCAGCUGUGGGACACAGCUGGACAGGAGAGAUUCCGCAGCCUGACAACAGCGUUCUUCAGGGACGCUAUGGGGUUCCUGCUGAUGUUCGAUCUCACCAGCCAGCAGAGCUUCCUCAACGUCAGAAACUGGAUGAGCCAGCUGCAGGCCAAUGCGUACUGUGAGAACCCAGAUAUUGUUUUGGUUGGGAACAAGGCAGACCUGGCUGACCAGCGGGAGGUUCAAGAGAAGCAGGUGAAGGAGCUGGCCGAAAAAUAUGGGAUCCCGUACUUCGAGACCAGUGCAGCAACAGGGGCGGAGGUGGACAAGGCCGUGAUAACGCUGCUGGAUCUGGUCAUGAAGAGGAUGGAGCAGUGUGUCGACAAGCCCCCCGCGGAUUCAGCUAACGGGAACGGGGCUACAAAACUUACUGAUGAACAGCCCAGCGAGAAGAAAUGUGCAUGUUAAAUAAGAAGGAGAUUCAAAACAACCAGUCCACUCUCCUCCAAUGUCCUUCUUGUAACAUUCUUUCUCUUACUUUUACUUCUCUGUCAGUUUUGAUAGCAUGUUUUUUUCACCUCUACUUUAGUCAUAAAAAAGAAUUAUUAUUUUCCUCCUCCCUAUAUUCUCCCGAAACCUCUGCCGCUCAAUGAAACGACGAUAUCGCCCUCUAGCGGAUAUUCUAGGUACUGCAGCCACAGUCUGUUGGCCUUGAGAAAGAAUUUUAAAACAGGAGGCUAAAGUUUCAUCACUGUUAGAAACAUUAUGUGCCUCGUUGAAGACAUGCAGCCUUUAAAAUGAAACGCUUGCCUUUUUCUCUGUUGACAAGUGACCAAUUUGAAUGAUUUAAAAGGACACAAACACUCAAAAAGAAAAAUCUAAAGCUUCAAACUCUUAACUAUUCAUCUGUUCACUCAUUUCUAAACUGGACCAGGAUUAGCUACCUGAGGAAAGAUGUUUGACACGCCGAGUUUUGUUUAGAGGUUUGCCUAACAUGUGCAAAAUUGUGUUUUGUAUGACUGGCUUUGGAGUCAUGUUGGAGGUCUUUGAUACGGUGACCGAGACCCGCCAUUGCUGCAAAUAAAAGUAACGCUGCAAACAGAAACAAACACCGCUGCAAAUAAAAUGAACGCUGCAAACAAAUAGAAACGCCGCUGCAAAUAAAAGAAACGCUGAAAAUAUAAAGAAACCCCGCUGCAAAUAAAAUAAAAAACCACGUAAAUAAAAAAGCCACAACGGAAGUGAAUUACCGGGGACUGUUUUUGCCGAUGCACCGGUGGUUUUAUGUGAGAGGACACCGGUUUUGUUGUUUUUGUUGUUUUUAUCAUUAAUAAUAAUGCCAAGAAUAAUCUAAACCGUGGGUAACAAUAGGUAUUUGGAUGAAUGUGAAGUUGAAGCUGUGUGUGGUGGUCAGGGACUUCUCCUCUCACGUAAAAAACACCGGUGCAUCAGCAAAAAUAGUCCCCGGUAAUUGACUUCCGUUGUGGCUUUUUUAUUUGCGUCGUUUCUUUUAAUUUGCAGCGGUGUUUCUUUAUAUUUGCAGCGUUUCUUUUAUUUCCAGCAGCGUUUAUUUUAUUUGCAGCGCCGUUUCUUUUUAUUUGCAGCGUUUAUUUAAUUUGCAGCGGCGUUUGUUUCUGUUUGCAGCGUUACUUUUAUUUUCAGCAAUGGCGGGUCUCGGCCACCGUACUUUGAGGCCAAGUAGCCGCAACCGUUUCUAGACAUAAUACCCAUCUGUGCUCUCUGUCUCCGAGUCAGACUGAAGUAUUUUGUUUCGAUAAAUGAAUGUUUGUUGGCUUGUUUAGCUAAUUUAAGGACAUGUAAUGACAGCAGUAGGUUGCACAGAUAAUACAAGGCUGAACGUUCAAAUUCCUACCUAUUAAUCCAAAACACUGGGUGACAAACAAUCAUUUAUGGAGUAUGCUGUUCUAUAAUAGAAAGAGACCCCUGUUACUUCUAGUUAUCAACACUUUCUAACCGUAAUGUCCGAGCCGUGCACUUAUCAGAAAACAAUGCACAUGCACAGAUCUUUGUCCACAGAGAAAAAAUCUCCGCUUUUGCUUGUUGACUCUUAUUUGAUGCGGAGAUAAUGUUUUUUAACGCUCAUUAUCUAAUGUAGCAUCAGUGCUCAUCGGUUGUUUUGUGACAGCUUACAGUAUCCCAGUGAUUAUUUAAAUGAAAUAAAUGUUUUCAGUUGAGGAGAUGAGCUGUCUUUUUUAUUUUUUUAAUGUUCACGGUUGUUGACCUGUUGAUUUGUGCAUCUUCUUUAUUCCACAUCAGAAGUGUCUUAAAAAAAAACCAAGGUAACACAACCUGGCCUGCUGCACGUCUUUCCUUUUUUCCCCCUGUUUGUAAAGAAUGACCAUGUAUUUGAUGACACAUCACGUUGUUUGGCAACAGUGUGACACAUGUGCUUUAAAAAUCAAUGGAUAGAUAUGUAGAUUUUGUAUGUGAUGAAGAGCUUAUCAGAAUAGAUGUAGUAUCCAAAAACGGAUCUCCUGCCUUGACUUUGAAAACCUUCCUCCACUGUGGUGGAGCGCACCUGCAAACUCCCAGAGCGUAGUGUGUUCUGGUUAAUAGCUUAGAAACACCUUUCCUUUCUUCCAUAGUUUAAAAGAAAAAAAUAUAUGGAUUUGAAAAAGUUUAUGAUCCUUAGUCAUUUAAUUAAAUCAAAAGUUUUUUUUUUUUUAAAUCAUGAAAAUAAUGAACCCAGAACUUUCCAAAACAGAUUAUCUCUAUCAAAUACGGCUUUAAGGGUAAAGCACAUGUACAUGACUAAUGUUGUUAUAAAACAUACUGACAAAUUAUUUAUACUAAAUGAAAUGUCUUCUUUUUUUUAAAACUUGUCAUAUUUAUGUUUCAAUGUUUCAUUCCUAUGAUAUUAUUCUCUCAUUUCACUUUCUUUGUUUUAUUUUUAACAUCUGUCAAAAAGAAUUGUGAUAUAAUCAUCAUUAUUAUGAAUUAUAAAGUUGUCUUAUAACAAAAUCUCUUUGGUUUGAAAUAGACUACUAGUUAAACAAGCUUCUUGUAUUGUGGGUCACAAAACUAGACGCAGUUUAAAUUUUAUUGUAUCAGAAACCAAAACCUCCACAUAACAUAUUCAGGACCCUGCUCCAGCCCUCCGGACUUACACUGUCCCCACUGAAGUCUCACUAAGACUUCCACUCCUCUGUUCAGGGGUUGUGUGCCAUUUUUCUGGACUGAACCUUUUCAUAUGUAUCCGAUUAAACAUCUGUGAACUUCCUUCUUCAGAGCUUCCUAUGUAUGUCCUGUGAGUUUUAAACCCGGAUGGCAAAUAAAUGUGUAUUUAGAGCCGCCCCCGAUCACUUUAGGAAUAUUAACGUGUGGAUAAUUAAACAGGACUUUGGUUAUCUUUAUUGUUACAAUUUGAAUUUAAAAUAUUGGAUAAAAUGGUUCAUCUAAAAGUGGAAAACAACUUGAUUUACCUGUUAAGCAGUACUCGAGAUGAGGGGGGAUGA